AUUACUGACUAAGUCAACAACGACAAAGCAUUCAAAAAAAUAGUCUUUAAUGAAAAUUACAAUAACGUUCUUGGUUCUGAUUCUUUCGGUUUUCAAAAACACCUGGCAGCAUGAUGAUCAUACGAUCCCAGGAAUGAGAAAUAAAUGUGGAAACUGUUCGGGGCUCAAAACCAAUAAUGACCGCGUUACUGGAUUUUAUUGCCAUCCAGAUGAUAAAGUAGCCGUUACUAGAAAAUAUUUCAAAAAUGAAAGUGCCUUCCCAGAAUGCGUACCAAAGAUCUAUGAUAUAACCCAUGCUAUUAAAAAUUAUUGCUGCUUUUGGUCGCCGAAUUUGGGAUGUUCGAUUCUAGUUAAUGAGAAGAGUGAAAAUCUCAAAGUGGGUUGCAGUCAGUGCGAUCACCAUUGUUAUAAUAAGAAAAGCGGAGCUGCGUCAAUGAACUUUGGACAGAAAUGCCUAACAACACUUUCAUUAAUUUUCUUCGCGUACGAUCUCAUUUUCCAUUUUAAAUACAACUCUGAAAUUAUUUCAUACUAAUCAAAGUCUGCAAACUCCAAAUAUAAUGUUUAUCCCAAA